GUAACAUUGAUAGCAGCCUAGAGAGCAUGACCGAUUCUUCUCGAUCUUGAAAAACUCCGCACCUUCUUUCUUCUUUCCACUUGACCAAUGGUGGCAACAAUCAUCGUUGACUUUCAGAACUGCUUCAUCUUUAUCCUCUUAUGCUUCUUCUCACUACUCUGUUACACUCUCUUCUUCAGGAAACCAAGGGACUUUUCUUUGCCUCCAAGUCCUCCUUCAAUACCCAUCAUCGGCCAUCUUCACCUUCUUCUCUCUGUUCUAAUCCACAGAUCUUUACAAAAACUCUCCUCCAAGUAUGGAUCUAUUCUCCAUCUCCGCAUAUUCAGUUUCCCCAUAGUCCUCCUCUCCUCAGCCUCAGUUGCUUACGAGAUCUUCAGGGCACACGACGUUAACAUCUCCUCUCGUGGUCUCCCUCCGACCGACGACUCCCUACUCGUUGGAUCUUUCAGCUUCAUCUCUGCUCCCUAUGGAGAUUACUGGAAGUUCAUGAAGAAGGUUCUUGUCACCAACCUGCUAGGACCUCAGGCUCUUGAGCGGUCACGAAGAGUCCGUGUUGACGAGCUAGAUAGGUUUUACAAAAACUUAUUCGAUAAGGCGGUGAAGAAAGAGAGCGUGGAGAUCUGUGAGGAAGCGUUGAAGCUCACUAACAACAGCGUCUGCAAGUUGAUAAUGGGGAGGUGUUGUCCAGAGGAGGGAGGUGUGCUGGAGAGGGUCAAGGGAUUAGCUACUGAGUUAGAUAUUACGACGAAGAAGAUUUUGUUGGCAAACAUGUUGCCCCCAUGGUUAAAGAAGCUUGUUCUCUCACUGUUUAAAAAGGAAGUGGAGGUUCUUUCAAACAGCUUCAAUGAGCUGCUCGAAAAGAUUCUUGUGGAACACGAAGAGAAGCAGGGAGAGGGUAAGGACUUGAUGGACGUGUUGUUGGCAGCUUAUAGAGACGAAAAUGCAGAGUAUAAGAUUACUAGGAACCAUAUCAAGUCCUUUUAUGUGGAUCUUUUAUUUGCAGGCAGUACCACCUCAGUGCAAACAAUACAAUGGACAAUGGCAGAGAUCAUCAACAGCCCCAAGACUCUUGAGAGACUGAGAGGGGAAAUCGAUUCCGUGGUGGGGACGACAAGGUUGAUCCAAGAAACAGAUUUACCAAACCUCCCUUAUUUACAAGCAGUGGUCAAGGAAGGGCUAAGACUGCACCCGGCGGGACGUAUCUUCGAGAGAUUCUCCCAAGAAGGGUGUAAGGUAGGAGGGUACUAUGUACCGGAGAAAACAACUCUAAUGAUCAAUGAUUAUGCUGUGAUGAGAGAUCCAGAUUACUGGGUAGAUCCUGAUGAGUUUAAGCCAGAGAGGUUUCUAGAAGAGGAGGAGAGAAAAGAGCAAGUACUUAAGUACAUUCCUUUUGGAAGCGGAAGAAGAGGUUGUCCUGGAGAGAAUCUAGCUUAUAUCUUUAUAGGAACUGCGAUAGGAGUGAUGGUGCAGGGAUUUGAAUGGAGAUUUAAAGAAGAGAAAGUUAACAUGGAAGAGGCUGUUGUAGGACUGACCUUGACUAUGGCUCAUCCUCUCAAGCUCACUCCUAUUGCUCGAACCGUCAACCCUCUAACUCUGAAUCUAAAGAGUUGUGGUUUAUGACUUUUCAGCAACACUGAAAACACAAGCCUGUCGUGGACCUUCCAUCUUUUUAAUUAUUUCACGUAGUUAUAAGAAGAAAACAUUGUGUAAUUAGUUAGUGAGUAAAUCAUGACUGAUCAGUGAUCACUGAUGAUUCAAAAUUUCAAAUGCAGAAAAAAUCUUAUUCGCAAGAAAAUCGAACAUAUUUUCUAACAAAAAUACUUCCGACAUGCCCCAGAAAGUGGAAUGUCUGAGAGAAUAGUGCUUUGUCCAAGCAACCCAAAGAGAC